AUGGUGAAACUGUUUCUCGUUUUCAUUUCAUUGCUUUUGGAGGUCACAAUUGCAACUGACACCUGCCCAUCGUUGUACCCGGAUGGAUGUUCGACUUCACCCGACGAUGGCGCGGGCAAUUGUGGUGAUCCAAACGAUUGCUUUCACACCGACAGUCAAGGCUUCAUUGGGUUAUGUUUCUGCUCAAAUUGCGACACGACGGCCGCCACGUGUCCAGCGCCAACAACAACUCCUGAGACAACCACCGGCCCAACAACCGCCACAACCACCACCGGAACCACAGCUUCGACCAGCACAGCAGCCGUGACGACAACAACGAAAGCUGCGACAACGACCACACCCAAAGCCACAACUGCUCCCUGUGGGGACACAAACACGAACUGUGCCACGUGGGUGUCAAACGGUUUCUGCACAAACACUGGCUACACUCUCGCGCAACGACAACAAUAUUGUGGAACGAGUUGUGGACUGUGCGCGACGACGAAAGCCACAACAAAGACGGUGACUACAGCAAAAGUGACAACGAAAGCUGCCACCACAGCGACAUCUUGUGUUGAUUCGAGCACGAGUUGUGCGACGUGGGUGGCAAAUGGUUUCUGCACGAACACCGCCUACACACAAGCUCAAAUCAAAUCCUAUUGCGGGAAAUCAUGCAAAAUGUGC